AUGGUAGCUGCAACUGGACCACUGGCUGUGGAAAUUGAUUUCCCGAAGACGUGGAGGAAUCAUCGAACGGUCUCCAUCACCCAGCUGGUGCCGGCACCGGUAGGCGAAGACCCGUUCGGCCGUCGUCACCUCAAUCCCGGGAGGGUAAUUGAGGAGGAUGCGGACAAGGACGAGCAGUAUGAAAUCGACAAGAUCCUCGGUAGACGCACCAACUUCAAGCAUGGCCGCCCAAUCUUGGAAUAUUUGAUCAAAUGGAAGGGGUACCGCAAUCAAUGGAAUUCCUACGUCUUGCGGCCGAGUCUCCUCCAGAACGCGUCGGAUCUAGUCUACGAUUACGACACCAAGAACCCGGUUGAUGAUAAAGAGCCUAAACCCAAGAAGCCGAGGAAGGUAAGAAAGGCCUUGGUGGCGGAAGAAGAAUGGGGAAGAAAGUUGAGGAAAUCCCUACGUCUAACUUCGAGUUGA